ACGGGUCGCACGCGCUGCCUUGAGGCGUGCAGGCCUCUGCUCUCAUCAACAUUUCAGCCUCGGAGCCUCGUGCUUUUUGCUCAGGUCCUCUUAUGUGGUUCGGUAAUCGCUGACCCGAUGAAGUUGGUAAUGGUUUGGCAGCAGCGCUACGACUCAUGAGUUCGUCCCUUGCCAAGCCGGCGGCCUCAGGCUCUCCCCCGCUCUCAGAUUCAAAGCUGGAGAACGUGUCCAGAUCCAGCCCUUCGGGCGCCGAGGAGAAAAAGUCCACGACGCCUCCGCCCGCGCAAUCGGGCCCACCAGGGCUGGGCGCCCCGUCGACUCCGCUGGACGUCCAAGAAAGAAGGAGUUCCCCUCCCGCCCUGGCGCCGGCGCCGGCCACUCAUUUGGACCCGCCCCCAGACCAAGCCAGCGCGAGCCGCGAGCCCUCCGAGGCCGACACCGUCGACGGCGACGCCGAGGACCCCGUCCAGCAGCCGCCGCUGAGUCCCUACGGCUACGCGGCGCCGCCGCGGCACGUCCGGCCAUACGCGCGGGAGACGCCCCCCCCGUCGCCGAGCGACGCGCGGGAGACGGUGCGGUGCCCCCAGGCCCUCGUCGGGAGGCUCAUCGGCAAGGGCGGCGACACGAUCAAGGACCUACAACGGAGGUCCGGCGCCCGCAUCCAGAUCGACCAGAACUAUCCGGAGGGCCAGCCUCGAUUAGUCACGGUCGAGGGCGCGGCCCAGUGCGUCCGGGCGGGCGUCGAGCUCGUGAGAUCAUUGAUAGGGAAUUCGCCGGCCGUCGGCAACGGCGCGCCGGGUCGACUGGCCACGUUCGAGUGCCCCAAGGGCCUCGUCGGCCGCGUCAUCGGCAAGGGCGGCGAGACGAUCAACGAAUUACAACGGAGAUCAGGCGCGCGUAUCCAGAUCGAGCAGCGCGUCGCCGAGGGCGAACCCUGCGUCGUCGAGGUCCAGGGCGACGAUAGAGCGGUGGAGGAAGCAAGACGGCUCGUCCACGAGGUCAUGGGCGGCAAGCGCCUCGACCCGCCCUACGUGGCGUACGCCUACGCGGCCAUGGCCCAGCAGGGCUACGGCUUCCCGCCGCAGCCGAACGUCGGCCUCGCGUCGUACGGCCAGGUGCGGCGCGCGCACGCCGGGAGCUUCUCGUCCGCAUCGGACACGCCGCCGGGAAGUCCCAUCCCGGGCUACGCCGUGCCGCACUACCCGUACCCCUACUACCCGCCCUACGGCUUCCCGCCGGCGCAGUACGGGCCGCCGCCGCCCGGAAGCCCGAUCCCGGGCUCGCCCGUGGCCCGGGGCUGGACGCAGCACGUCGACGCGAACACGGGGCGGCCCUACUGGCACCACCCGCAGCUGGGCGCGUCGUGGUCGCCGCCGCCGGCCGGGCCGCCCCCGUCGGCGGGGCCGCGGCCACCAAUGCCAAUUCCCGGCUCGCCGCCUCCACAAACAAAUGGCGACGACGGCGACGACGCCGCCGCGCCGCCCGCGCCCGCGCCGAACCCCACGGCGUGGCCGCACUCGGCCUGGGCGUCCGGCGCUGGUGGCGCUGACGGCGACAACCCCUGAUGGUGUAAAUCGGUUCCUUGUA